AUGACUAUCCGCAAAAAGAACCCCUCUCGCAACUACGAGACAUUCCAAGACGACCCUGACGACAGCAUCAGGCAGUCUCCUACAUCCUACCACCAAGGAGGGGACGCAGACAAGUCCCGAUCCGCUGCAGCGGAGGCUCAACGACUUGGGUCUCAAGGCUCAUGGGCUGACAACUUCACAGGCGGUACUCCCGCCACCAACAGAACCCCAGAAGCUUCAACAGUAGAUGGUGAUGAAGUGAGGGAUACCAGGUAUUCGCACCUUUCGUCGGACGAGGAUCCCUCGGAUCCACCUCCAAUCUACACUCCUUCUGCCAGCACUCAAGUUGGGUCUCAAUCGCCUGCAGCACCUGCGUCCCCUGUUGCUGCAAGAUCGACCCCCUCUUCAGUUCCUGAGCCAGUAAGCGCUCCUGCUACAGCGUCCUCUUCUUCCAAUCCGCAAUCAUGCCCAUGCCCAUCUCAAAGCAAUGAUGAAGAGGAGGGUUCAUUGGCAUCGGAAUCCGACUCGCAUAAUCGUCAUCACAGCCACGAUUGUCGCGAGCAAGAAGAAGAUACAGACUUCGAGGGCCUGCCUGUUUUCCUACAACAUCACCCACAACGGGCCCGGCUAUGGUUCCGGGGCCAUGGUAAAGGACGAGGCUGCCGCGGGCGCCGGCAGGCUAUGCGGCAAUGUGAUCGCCACAAACAUCGAGCCCGCCGAUGCAAAAGGCUAUGCUUUAUCUUCCUUGCACUUAUUGCCUGCCUAUGGCUUAUGAUUCCGGGCUUAUGUCGGUCGCUCAAGAAUGACGGACGGUAUCAGCUUCCGAGCUUUGGCUCACAACCCUCGCAGACACCAUGGCCACCGCCGAAGCGUGAACAUCGUGAACGCGAGACCUUCCGCUCGAUCACCGGCACCUACCAGCUCUAUGAUCUGCUCGAUCUUUCCACCACAGCAGGUAGCAUUACGGUUACCGUCGAAGUUCAGCCUGGAGAUAAACCAGCAGUGCUUCGUCUUUCCACGACAGCAGGCAGUGUCAAUGUGAAAAUGACUUCUGGAGGUGGUUUCUUCAAGAAACCCUACGUCUCGGACGUCGCGAAAUCGAGGACACUGGUGACGGAGAUUUCUACCACCGCUGGCAGUGUCAACGGCAACUUGGUGCAUGGCAACGGAGGAUCUACUUCCGUUUCCACUAAUGCGGGUUCUAUCUCGGUCACCAUAUUUACAGUCGGUGUCUCUGAGAUGGAUCCGCAAUCGAACAUCACUACUACCUCUAACCAUGGUAGCCAGCACAUCAAGAUUGUCCCGGACUUGGGCUCGACCGAAGCGAUUCGUGCCAUCGAAGCGAGCCACACGGUUCGUGGUAGUGGGAGUGCAGUCGUCUCGUACCCGCCUCAGUGGGAGGGUAUGGUUCAUCUUGCGGCCCACGGACACGGGAGCAUCGGCGCCAGCGGAUCUGGGCUGGAGGUCCGAAGAGAGAGCAGCCGUGAAUUGUAUGGGUACAGAGGGGCUACCCAGGGGAGAAAGGUCGAGGUUGCAGUCAUCGGCAAUGGAAGCGCGAGGUUCUCGUGCUGA